AUGAAUUUGAACAGGUCUCUUCAUCUAUUCAUGCUUGCAGUGAUUGGCUUUUUCAUGAUGUAUCGUAUCACAGAUUGGAUUUGGAUACGCAAUUCCUUUCCAGACUUAUUGCAAACUCACGCAUGUGGAUCGCAGCAGCAGCAGCAGCAGCAGCAGCAGCAGCAGCAGCAGCAACAAAAACAACAGGAGACUCGUAAUGCCACGGGAACGCUGAUUUCCACAUGGCGACCAAUGAGGGAAUAUGCGGAUAAGUGUCAACCGACACUUUUGAUUUGUGGACUCAACCCCUUGAGAGGCUCGGCCAUUUUCAGUAUGAUUAAUGGAGAGAACGUGUACAGUCAGCUGAUUAGUGACCGAUUGAGAAACCCGGCAGAAUUGGUGACGUUCUUGUCCAACCUGAGUGACGUGGAAUAUCGGCUUCUGUCGCACAGAAUGUCCUCAAUGCUAAAAAGUUGUCUAAUAGACAGUGAAGAGUGUUCUGAAAAAGAUUUUCUAGUAGUGCGAACCAAUAGCGGAUUGUGUCACGCGUUGCUCUUCAAUCGUUCUUCCGGUGAGUCUGACUAA